AUGGAAGAUAAUAUACACGAAUGGUGUCUCCUCGAAUACCUCAACAUUACCACAUUUAUAUCACCCGAAUGCUUUUACCUAACAAAUUUAUCACCUGACGCGAAAUCCCAGCUUUCACAAAAACCGAUUCUACAAGAGUGCCAUUUGUUAACUAGCGAUGUGAAUAGCAUGGGGAUUGAAAAAGAGCGAAUAUGUUUGUUGGAUCCUGCAUCUAGUGAUGUUUUGGUGCCUGCUGAUGCUGAAAAGUUCGAGUAUUUUUUAUUUGGUGGGAUUUUGGGUGAUGAUCCUCCAAAAGAUCGAACAAACGAGCUACGACAAUUUGGAUUCCCGACUCGACAAUUGGGGUCUUUACAAAUGACAACAGACACCGCGUUAAUAGUCACUAAAAAAAUUAUCGAAGAUUCUAUUGUACUUGAUCAAAUCCCGUUUAUUGAUUUUCCCGAGAUAAAGUUUGAUAAGACAGAGUCAGUGAUAAUGCCAUUUCGUUACAUUUCAAUUCCUGAUAUGAAUGUCUCGACACUACAAACUACCAAUAAUCAACUAAAGAAACAUGUUAAACCGUUAAUGCCUUACGGAAUGAUUGAACUGCUAAAAAAUGAGGGAGAUAUGGUGUUAGAGUUUGAAUGA